AUUCAUUCUCUCUCUCUGCGAGUUGGCGACUAUUCCGACAGCGGAUUGAGCUCACGGCUAUCUCAUCUUGCUGUGCGAGCCUCGAGCUCUUUGUAUAGUCCUUCGAAUCCCUAAGAUGCCUCCCGUGCAAAGCUUCAGUAGCCGCAAAUCUGUCUCCCGUAAGAGCCACCGAUUUCGAAGUGCAAUCGAGAUUAGAGAGAGCCUGAAGGCAGAAAAUGACAAAAUUUUGGUUGAAGCCUUGACCGCACUGCGCAAUCAGCUUACUGUGAAGCACGACGAGCCGCUUAUAUCUCCCAGUGACAGUCGCCUGCUAUUAAUAAAGUCAUGGCUCGAACUCUCUCCUGGUGCGCAGGAUCUGUUUGCCGUUUGGGAGGCAGCCAACGCGCGGCAGUUCUCGCUUCUCGUAUCAAUCGUUAGCGUGCUGUCAUCGAUGCUCGUUCUCCUCUCCUCUCAUUAUACGUACCACGCGCUCGCCGAGCCAAUCCUCCGCUCUACGCUAUCCUCGCAAUGGGCACCUCGAUUGAACUCAUACCUGGGAGGUUCUCAUACCGAGCUUUUGCUAGUUACGUUGAAGCUGUUCUUGAGCCUGUCAAAUUUUGCCGGUGGCAGAGAGCGCAAGACUGUGAUUGAGGUGUUUGCUUGGGAGACGAAGUCUCUACCAAGACUUCUAUAUAUGAGACGUAAGAACGGGGUCGACCCGAGUGUUGACAUUUUGACCAGACCUGAUAUCCGCACGCUAUUCAUCUUGUUCCUCGUGUCUUUCGUCGAUAGCACGACCUCCAGUGCGGAGAAGAUCACUAUGUUAGAACAACACCGCGAGAAUUUUGCGCUGCUGUUCAAAGGUCUCUGGCAAGAUCGAUAUUCAGUCGUUCGCCAUGUACUGGAAGUAUGCUGGGUUGGAAUCUGGUCGGAUGUCAAAGUUAGAAGAACGCUCAAGAUUGCCUUAUUUAACGAGGCGCUUCUGGCGCAGCUCAUGCGGCUCUAUGAACGUGAUACUGCCGAAGAUGAGGAUCCAGAACAUAUACCAGCCGACGUCGUGCAUCACUUCUUGCUGGCGAUCUGUACGCACCCAGGAGUGGGCGUUUGUUUUCAAGACCGAGGCUGGUAUCCUCGCGAGACAGACCCUGACGGGAAUUCUCACCACAAAGACGAGGAGCGCGAAGAUUUUGCGGUCCGCAGAGGAAGCAGAGUGUACAACAAGAUCUUGGCACAAAUGAUCAGAAACUUGAAGGUCAAUGAAGACGCUAGGCAGCAAGAACUCGCGUUAAAGAUCCUAGCCGCCUGCCCUGAGCUCAUUGCCGGAUAUUGGUCAUCGCCGAUCGUCGCAUUGGAGCCGCGGCUGUCGUCUAAGUGGAUAGCAAAUAUCGCAUUCUACGGCUCGGUUAUCUCUUUGCCUAUUCCAGAGUCAUCACUCCUCCUUCAGGACCAUGACCGUUCUCUAUACAACCCAGUGCCACCUCCUCUCUUUACCAUCGUUGACAACAUCCUACCUUUGACGAGUAUCAAGACCCAUUUCUCUCGCGGUUUGCAGGCGAAUUCGCCACUUGUUCAGCACUGCAGCGCUUUGGCGCUUGCAAAAUGUCUUCUCAAGUUCGAAGCCAUAUUGCGUACAUUCGAGCGGAUAGCAACUUCAUUGGAGGAGGAAGAGGAAGGCCAAUGGAGGAGACGGCUGCACGAGGUGGAAAAGGAAAUCCGCAAGAGGGUGCCGGAUUUCCAGGUGGUUGUGGGUUUCGCUCAGAAGACGUUGAGUGCUACAGGGGCGAGCAGUGGAAAGCCAUCGGAUCAGAAUUCUAAAGCGAAUCCAAUGAGAGCGACUCUGCUCUCCGAGAGUGCCCAGCGGCUGCUUUGGCUCUACCAUCGCUGCCUCCCUUUCUUGGUGGCAGAGGCCCGUUUUGACGUAGGCAAGCUGCUCAUUGGCGUACAGAGCGCUAUGUCGUCAUCCGGAGGCUCACCUGUGAAUACUGUCAUUGGAAUGGAGGUCCUGCGCCAGCUGCAUGUGUUCAGGUUACUGGGCGAGAGCGACCAAUUCAGUUGGUCAGGACGUGCUAGUGGCUCGUCGCAUAGCAAUUUAUGGAUAUUGUUGAAGAUCUAUGCGGCCAGUGAGAGCUGCACUAUUCGGGCUGCUAUAGCAACCUUGCUCGAGCGAUCCUUGUCGAAUAGCUUGCUGUUCCAGCAUGAUGCAACUGAGAUCACCCUUUGGCUAGACUCCCUGCCAUCCACAAUACGUUCUGAACAGGCGAAAACACCGGAUGGUGCUUCCUUGACAGAUGAAAGUAUUGCCGUGAUAGCGUUUUUGGACGAUUGUGCUCAACAAUGCGUCAAAAAUCCAUACCGAUACCUGGAAGAUUUGGAGGCACUUUCGUCCGCACAAGGAGCCAGCGAUACAUAUUUCCGAGAAUUCGGCAGGCAUUCGCAGGAAUAUAACGAUCUGCCGAGUCCCCUGCUUAUGACUUUGCCGGAACAGUACAUUGCACAUCUGCACACUGAGACGCCCUCGUUAUCAGAUGCGCUGGCGAUCAUAACAUUUAUCCGCAAGCUAGUUGUGCGACUGUCGAGCAAGUUGCGCGACGACACUAUUCUUGUCAACUUCAUACACAAUUUCGCCGAAGCCGUUCAACUGCCUCGCCUUUUCACUCAAUAUCCAUACAUGUCGCUCGGUAUCCGUCGCGAAUUAGCUCACCUCCAAAUUUGCCUUCAACCGCGAGAGGACGUCACUAUCUUGGACGCAAGCAGUCCGGCUGUCCUUCUAUUCUUAUCGCAGGUGGAAAACAUGCUUUUGCCUGAAAUUGAAGCUAACCGAAAAUUGUCCGCAUAUGAGCUGAUAGAUUGGUUCCGAAUCGUAGACGAGCCUGUAUGUGCCGAGGACAUUGCUCGAUUGGCCACUUUCAUAGCCAGAUUACAUAAAGCGGCAUGUCAAGAAUUCUUCGAGUAUCUACGGCCGGACCAACCUGACCUAUGGCAAUGCGUAGGCCUUCCGGCUAGAUACGCCGAGUUCAAGGAUGAAUUGAACUUCGCUUUACUCUUCCGGCAUGCCGAUAAGGGCCAUGUUGCGAGCGUUGAAUCCCGUUCAGUCAUGAUUGACGCAUUGCUGUCAAAACCUGCGUCACUUGCAGCAAUGAGAAGGACCUCCUCUCUGAUGGAUCACAGACUGUCAUGGGUCGAAGUGGAUGAUGCUGCUACGGCAGACUUGCUGAUACUCUUUGCAGCGAUCGCGAGGGAGGCCCAGAAGAGGUUGUCAGAAGUUGAACUUGGAGACUUUGUAGAGCAUAUCUGGCAUGGCAGUGCGGUGAGGCGGCUGAGUCUGAGACGCGUUCGAGAAACGGAACGAAAUGGACUCGCGUAUCUCUUGCAGUCAACAGUCAACCCUUCGUUGGAGAGUGACCAGGUUAUGGUUAGGGACUACACUUCGCACUGGGCUCUUUUCAUCAAAGAAAGCGUCGGUAAGAUGGACAGUGAUGACGAAGCUACGGCAAAGUUGUGGAUCAAGUACAUGGACGCCAAUGACCAACUUAUGCUGCUGGAUGUCGUCGCGGAUGGCGCUUCAAGCGCUAUACUGGAGGAGCUGUUUUCUGCUAUCGCCUAUGCUGUAUCCUCAAGGCCACAAAUUCUCUCUUCUCAUCUGCCGAAACUAUUCAGACUGCGAUUGUCAUAUCCUGCUUCUCCGGCGUUGGAAUCCUUGCUUGCCACUGCUAUGAAGGGAGUCCUGCCGCUAUUCGCCGACGGCUCGCAAGGUCCUAUGGUCUGUGAACCUGACUUUCCCACUGUCGUUGCCAAAUCGCAGAAGCAAUGGAAGUAUCGCAUGGCCGGCCAUCUAGAUGACAUCAACUUGGAAGACUUCCUGAACACCGAACACUGGUCGUGUGCCCUAGUUGAUGUGAUGGUCGGGUUGUUUUACCGAUCUUUGCCUGCAAGAGCUGCAAUGACCCAAUGGCUGAAGAGCGAACAUUCCGAGACGUGCAACGUGGCAUAUUUAGCCCGAAUCAUACACGCUUUGUUGGACUGUGGCUGCGCUGCUGACUUCCUGUCUGGAGAAGACCAUGAAUACCUGACUCGACAUUUCACAAGGCUGCUGACGGCCGUUUUGACCGCCAAAAAUUGCCAGCGGUCAGCGCCCGUAGACUCUACAUGUGCACAAUGCGUAUGCAUAUUGACGGACCAGCUCGCUCCGUUACGGCCUGCAUUCCUGUCGACCUUGCGGGAUAGAUGCAAGAAGCUGAAGCCAGAUGAAUUAUCUUCUAACUCGUUGGCGAUGAUCAGGCGACUCGGCGCGUACGACAAAGACCUCCAUAUAAUAGAUCGAGUUAUGGACCAAGCGUUGUCAUGGGCUGCCAACAACCUCUCUGUCGAAGAUGAGCUUUCCGAGGAGCAGACGGCUAUUCAAGAUGAACUUAUUCUACUUUUACCGAUUGUCUCAUCGCUUAAGAGCCAUCUUGUGGACCCGGUGUUGAUCAUCGUGGUCAAACAUAGACUUGCGGACGUCAGAGCCGUGCAUUUCAUGCAAUUAUUGGUGAAAGCUGUGUAUCUAAAACCCUUCGUUGUCAACAGAUGCAUUCAGAGCAUUAUGCAACAUUCUCAACUAUUCACGCUUUGCGCCACGACAGAGCAACGUCUAGCUGCACGAGACGCGAUCGUCGACUUGCUUCACGCGCUCUUUCACCUUCACCCGACAAACACGUGUCAGCUUACACAUAUCGAGCCCUUGCUUCGACUUUACGCGGGUACUUUAUCGUCAUCGGACAUGAAGCUUCUUUCGGUAUUCCAGCUCUUUGAAACGACCCGGCAUGUAUCGGUGGCUUCACUUUUUGGCCGGUGGUCUGUCGUCCCCGAGGUCGGUUCCGAUGGCCCAUUAGAAGCGCUACAGACUCUGGAUCCCAGCCGAAUGUUCAAGACUUGCCUAGCGUUUCCGGAAUGGAGAACAUUGCGGUGCAAGGCGACUAUGGGACAGAGCGAAGACGUACUCUUGUAUGAUCCUGUCUUCGCAACAUUGCUUUUCGCACAAAUGUUGUCAUGGGGGCCGCCAACGUCGGCGCCAAGCUGGAUACAGCUGCUUAAGACGAACAUUGUGAGCGUUUUAAUUCGCUGCUUAGCAGCCAAAGACGACGCGCUACGAGAAGUUGCCCUGGCGCAGCUGGCUUUGCUGUAUAAAUGUCUUGAACGUGCAGAUUUGCAAGAGAAGCCACACGUUAUGCACAUUCUCAACCUGCUUCAAGGUGCUCUACAACGUCCCACAGACGAUAGGCCGCCCUGCCUCCCCGCAUACGCAACCCUUUUGCUCGCUCACGCAUUCCGCGGCAUAUUCUAUCCAGCCGACUUCAUCUAUCCUCUCACUUCGCGCUUCCUGUUGCAGCGCCCCUUUCUUGACGUGAGCGACGUACCAAUGCUGCUGGGCACGCUGUACAGUUCGUCGGACCAGUGGAAGAAGGAGCGGUGGUGGAUUGUCAGGUUCUUAACGGAUGGCAUGACUGGGUCGAGCGAGUGGAGAAUACUAGAGCGAAGGCAUACGUGGGAACUGCUCGCAAGUCUAUUUCAGAGCGAGAAGGGAGAUCGCGGGUUGCGGCGCAGUAUUCUAGAGUUCUUGGCCAACAUCACCUGCCAUACGUCUAUCACAAGACGGCUGGUGUCAAAGCACGCACUGCUCCCUUGGGUCGAGAUGCAGGUAUCAGCAGUCCAGCACGACGAAGGCAUUGCAUGGGUCAAAAUACUGGAGAACGUGAUGAUAAGCAGUGAUCCUUCUGACCAUGCAGCUCGUGAGGAACAUCGUGAAAUUUUGGCGAGAUGCCUUUGCCACGUUCUGGACACUACAGACUGCUCGAAGUACAUUCUCUAUCACGCUGCUCCAGCUGUGCUCCGGCUAAGCUUCAUACCUUGCCCGCCUACCCCCAGUAUUGAUCGAUUGAUAACGCGCUGUGUCCUUCGUCUACGAGACCUGGAGAAAGACCUGACCAUAUCACAUCUAGGAGCCCUAUCUAGAACACGGGACAAUGUUUCGAGAAGCAGUACGAGACUGCCUCCGCAUCCCGCGCAUGGCCUUUUCGGGCAGAUAGGAUCCGAUCCGCUCGAAGAAUGGGGAGAAUGUCUUGAAACGCUAUGGCGGGCGACGAUGAGUCAAGGCCGGAGUUGUACGGCAUGGAACGAGCUCACGCCGCGAUUGCUGAUAUGGCGUGCACUUGCGGGUGAAGAGAAGAGCAAAGUCGGCGAGUGGGCUAGGAGACAGGUGAUUGCGAAUCUGCGCUCCGUCUGAGCGUUUUCGACUGGAGGAUAUAUCAACAGUAUUAUGUUGUGAAUUAACUUGCAAAAUUCCGACUACGUACACUAGCGAAUUUUCUUUACAUGGACGGGAAGGGCGAGUCUGUUGGCU